AUGGCAAUCGUUCAGGUUCCAGCAGUCGAUCCACUGUUGCGACAGCACUGUCGCAGUUCUUCUCUCGAUUCCGUUUUCAGUUUUGGGGGUUGUGGUGAAAGUCAACAUCAGCUCCCUUGUGGUGUGCCAACACCCUCGAUGAGUCUAAUGUCGGAUGUCGAGCAGCACUCUCCUGCUUUUCCCUCCUCUGAAUCAAGAGCAGCGUCGCUGCAGCAGAAUACUGAGCAGGGUCCAGCUUCAAGCAGUAUUAAGGGUAGGUUAAAGGUGCUUUUGAUUUUGUUACCGUUUGUUAUGGCUUUCCUAAGGGCGGGGACAGCCAUAACAAGCGGAAGAACCCACGAACACCAAAGACCUACCUCUAACAGUAGCGUUUUUCAGACAGACACCAACACCAAGAACAAGAGUAUUGAUGUCCUCUUCUCCGUUGACAGUGCGAAGCGAUUCGAGAAGGACCUACUUGUUUCGUUGCGCACAUUGCAUGAACGAGUAGUCUUGCGGAAUCUCGCUUUGAUGUUCAACGAUGGCACAACAUCACUCGUUGAACAAGUAGAUCAAAUUUUGAAGGAUUUUGCUGGAACAACUGCAUGUGAUCCACCUUCUUUUAGAAGUGCUGCGACUUCAUCUUGCAACUUUCCACCUGGUCGUGCGACUGGUAAUGGAGAUGGAGCUCGUACUCGUACGAGUGACCCUACUGAUCAGGUUCAGGACUCCACUUUCUUCAAGGUAACAACGAACACGACGGCUGUGGCUGACGCUUUCAGUUCGACUCUUGUCGUGAGUGUAGAUGGCGAGCAGGCAGUAGUUAAGCCUACUUGUAGGAUGAGUCCUCCAGCGAAACUACAACAAGUGCCUCUGGACAGGACAAGUAGGUUUGGUUUUUGCUCGUCUUCGUCGUCCGAGGAAGAGCAGACGCAGCCUCUAGGGCAGCCACGACGUGAGCUUGAAGAUGUCACUAGGACACCAGAGAAGACGAAGUCGCUGCAGACAUCAACAUCUCCAAAUGCUGCUCGGGAUUCUAAGAAGAAUAUGCUGACUUCUAGUUGUACAGAAGGAGAAGGAGACGCCCCCACAGAAGGAGAAGGAGAGAAUAACAAGAAAAGCGAUCAUAGUCAUAACAUCUACGGUCGUGCUAAUUCCAUUGCGGUUACGCCGAUGUUUCCUCGACUGGCACCAGGUGAAAGGAUGCUUUCUCCUACUGCCGAAGAGGAAGGCCACUGUCCGACGACCCCUCUGUCGGUGAAAACACGGAUAGAGGAUCGAUUGUCGUGGUCAGUGCAGACCGUGGAGGUGGAUGAGGCGGCGGUUCGCGAUGCAUUAGACCAUGAUGGUUCAUCCGGUUGUUCAGUAGUUGACAAAAGCAGGGUGGUUCCAGUUCAACCAGGAUCGCCGACAUUUUUCUGUGUGCAAGAUGUUCCAAUACCGGAGACGAGCAAUGAUGGCGAGGAUGUCAUUCACGAGAAAAAGAUGCUCUACCUGCAACGAGACAGCGCACUUCCUCCUGAGGAGGAGCAGGGAGAUUUGUUUCUGACACCAGAGGUGGAGAUGAACGCCGUAGAGCAUGAGGAGAAAAUGCAAGAUGAGGUGGACAAGCAGGACAAUGUGGAAGAUAAUUCUGGUAAGUUUGCAGACGCGAAGAAUGAGGGUGUUACAACUGGAUUGCGCAAAGCAGUACAUGGUUCUUCACCACUUGAUCGGAAAAUGAAAUCAUCAUCUUCACCUCUAGAUAAGGUUGUAGAGAAGAAGCGUCCUCUAAAUGGACAAAGACGUAGUCCUGGUGAAAAGCUUCUGCUUGUGCGAUCUACUGGUCGGCGAAAUACGGGCUCGCCUUUGAUAGCUACAGGAGGACAAGCGUCGAAGUCAAAAAUCCCAUCACCACCACGACCGAAGAAGAAAGCUGGUGGUGCUUCUCCCUCACCCGGUGGCGUUCAGGUGGUGUCGACGAGGCCUGGUGUGAGGACUUCAACGUUACUGACCUCGCCGAAUAGUACAUUGCUGAAGUCGCCAGCCAAGAUCAAUAGUGCGCCGCCUCUUCAAGUAGCAGCUGGUGAGGCAAACAAGCGUGGUGUUGACGUAGCACACAGUUCAAGUUCAGGAGGAGCGAAUUUGUCGAAGACGAGGAUUGGAAACACGUCAACGGAUCAAGCAGUCGCGAGACCACCUCAGCCUCCGCGAGUAGGUGUUCAGAAAAGUGUUUCGCCGCAACGCAAAGGCCUUCCUUCUACGUCUCCGUCAGGCGUUCCCCAACGCAUCUCUCCACUCCGGAAGUUGGCCGUUGCAAGGGAAGCGAAAGCCGGAGCACCCAGAGAGUCCUGCGUGCGUCAUUCGCCUUCUAGUGCAGGGCAAAGGAAAGCAGGUACACCAGCACCAGGUCGUGGCGUGUAUUGUCUAGAUGACACAACAUCUUCAAGUUGUCCACCAGUUGUAGAUGGCCAGAAGUUGCCUACAGCCGAGGCUCACCAUGAGGAGGCAGCGCCAAAUACAACGGACACUUCUGCAGGCCUGUCUUCACAGCUGAUGCCUGCGCCACGUAUGUUGAAUGUUUCUGAUGUGCAUGACGUUCCUCCGGAAGAUGGUGCACAACUAGAAGUAGCUAAACAAGAAGCAUCGCCAGGUGAUGAUCAUUUUCAUGACGUAGAAGACCAGGACGUACAAUCCAAUGCGCAUCACAGCGCACUCACACAACUGCAGGAUGGACAAGAAGAUGGUACCACAGGCACUUCUGUGACGACUGCGUCGAGCCAGCAGCUGCCUUUGAUGGUCUCAUGUUUUUACGGUGAAAGCAUGAUAUCGCGAAGUAGCUGGGCUCCAGCGGACGAAGAUCGAUCUCCAGUUCGUAGAAGCACCGAUGCAACGACGAUGCGGCGACGUUUUUCUACGACAGAGCAGCAACGUUCAGGGAGGAUCAGCGUGCGACGGGAUCGCAACUACGGUGUCUCACCUUCAGCGCAGUUUAGGGCGGCACAGGAGAGGUUUGAGAGCGAGUCUCGAAACUUUUCUUCAGCAACCAGUGGCCAACAUCCAGGAGGAGAUGAUGAUGAAGAAGAAGACGGUACUAGCGACCAGACAAGCGGUAGAGGAGGUACGACGUUCCAUGAUGCUGUUCACCCUGAGAACGGUCCUUCACUGUUCGAUACUGAUACAGAGCAUUACGAUCCGCAUACGGGAGAGCAUCAUGUAGGACGAAAUGGUGGAAGCAGUGCAGCAUCUAGUUCGCCGAGAAGCAGCAGCACUAAAAAUGGAAGUACUAGCGUUAAUGGUGGUGUUUUUAGAAACGGCAACGUCGAGUAUCACCAAGGACCACGUGCUAGUGCGUCUUACCAUCUCGACCGACUACUCGGUGCACACCAUUCUUCUCUCUAUGCUCCUCGCGAAAUCACACCAAGGGACGAGCAGAAUUUGACUGAGCACAUUCGCAGUAUUCAGGAAGUGAACGCGUCAGAAAACGCAGAGCAUUAUGCGUACAUGGGUCUCCUAGAUGGUGAGCAGAGCUCGAAAUGUUCGUCCCCGCGAAUGUCACUGAACGGAGCCUCGAGUCCGAGUGGCGCGUUGAGUCCAAAGAGUGGCGCGCUGAGUCCCAAAAGCGGCGCGUUGAGUCCCAAAAGCGGUGCAUUGAGUCCACGAGGGAGGUCAAAUCGAAGCUCUCGAAAUACGUCGAAACAGUCGUCCGCAGUGACGUUCCGGGAUCAUCACGAUCAUCAUGGCGACCAUGCGAAUGGACGAGAGGGGCAUUAUCAUGGCCUUGGCCACCAUCACCACAAUGGUCGUCAUAACCAUCCGCAUCGAGACAUGCUCGAAAGCUUUCAAGCGGAGAGGCAGUACUUGUUAUGGUCAUGCUGGAUUAUAAUCCUUUCAGUUCCACCAGUAGCUUGUCUGACGACAACAGCCGGUAGAUUGAAUGAUGAUGCAGGCAACUACUUACAACAGGAGUUGAAGUUGAUGAUAGAUCAGGUUGCGAAGUUCAAACCUUGAUACAAGUCGUUUUUGAAAUUUGAAGUGUUCACAGAUAUCGACCGAGGAACAUUUUUCUUUUUCAGCUCACAAUAGACAAUCACUCUAAGUCUCAUCCAAAUCGGUGCGGAUCGCUAUUGCCGCAUUGGAUACGGUUUCGGGAACUUAGGUCGCACAGUCGUUACUGUUAGAACGGAGAGCCAAGACGUCCUCACUUUUAUCGACGACCCGAUGACGCGACACCAUGCGACGGCAGGAUCCGGGAGUAGUUCGCAUCGGCCACAUCGCGAAGCACACGGUCUGCGCACUGAUCUGACGCAACAUCGCUUGCUAGUAGACGACCAGUACCCAACGUACGAGCAUUUGUUGCCGGACUUUAUGACCGGGAACAUGAACAAACAAGCUGGUGUUGGUAGUGUUAGCGGCAGUGGUCCUUACAACAAUUUUCCUGUUGGAUCGCCACUUCCGACUAACCUUCUGGCAGGAGGUUCCAUUCCCACAGCACCGGAGGGCAGCCCACGGACGAGCAGAAGCAUUGGCAUGGCAGCGCUGAUGCAAGGACGCGCUGCUGGUGGGACCAGAGCCGGAGACCAAGACAGUUCGGCGUUGAAUGACAAGUUUUUCUUCUUUCGCGAGCCGGAGCCUGGAGGUUUUAAUGGUGAUCAAGGUGCAUCAUCGACUCAGCAGCAUCAUAGCCACCACCAUGGUCCCGAACAUGCGCAUCUUCAUCAUGCUCACCACCAUGGUCAUUAUCAUCACGGCCACCAUACUUUAGAAAGCCACACAGGAGGACCUCGAGAAAUGUACGGUGCAGGUGCUUCUUCGAUUGUCUAUGUCAAUCUCGGCAAAGGGUACACGACUAGAUCUGUUGAUGCUAAUACAGCCGGGCAACCGGGGGCAGCGGCACCCGAGGAACCCGCUUUAGACGGCGUUCCUGGCAACAACGCCGCUUCUCGUGAUUCGCGAUCAAGCCGUCAGUUUGUGUCGACGACUAGUGACAUUGAAAAGCAAAAUACAAAUACAGCCACUUCUUCUUCUACAACGGUCCGUGUAAGCGAGGAUGUGGCGGUUUGUCUCGGUCUGGCGACCCCGUGGGACAAUGAGCACACGCAUGUGAAAAACAUGAUAUGCGUUGCGCAUUCUGGGGAGAUCCGUGAGGCGUGGCAGAAGAGUUCUGAAGAAUUUUUAGUUGAGUCGGAUCUCAUGGUUGAGGCCGGCGCACAAUCGCGGCUGCUCACUGCUCGAGGCGAAGCUGUAGCUUUUUUGGAAGAACGAGAAAAAGAAAAUGGAGUUGGAGAUGACGAUUAUCCAGAUGAAGGCGCUGGUACAACUACUUCGCGGACUAGAAAGUUGUUGGUUCCUCGUCUCGAAGAUAGAGAACACGUAAGUUUGUGGAAUCAUCAACGGAUGGUUGAAGCCGUGGUCGUGCGCACAGAGCACCACACUAGGCAUGAAAAUUUCAAGCAUGGAGCUGGCAAGCAUGUUGUGGAUGAAAAUGGGAACUUAGUUGUGAUGCCGAAUACGAAUGGUAGUCAAGAGAAGACAACCACAACGACAACAAAAACCUCUUCUUCCUCUCGUGUUUUGGUGAUGCGCGAUUGUGAACCGGAAAACCCAUUCGACUUUGCACGUGGGAAACCAGGAGUGCUCGGAAAGUUCAAGACAAAUGCAGAAAGUAACAAAGUCGAAGGAGUUCGGUAUGAAGGUUUAUUUGCCUCUGGAGGAAAUAGUGCCAGUGGUCCUGGUGGUGCUUCUAGCCCUCCAAUGGAGGGGGCAGGUGCUGCCGCAGCGGCAGCCUUUCGAAAAGCUGGUGGCGGACGUCCAAACCGAUGGCUGCAAGCGAAGUCGCUUCUUGCUGGCAGGGCGUCGUCGCCGGAUGACGGAGCAGCAGCACAAACAGGGGGAAGUCGAGCGGGUCUGAAGAAUGUCGUAGCUACAGCUGUUGCCGAGGCAAGGAAAGUGUUCCUAAAACCGAAGCGAUGGGACAGCAUUGACGUCACUGCCGAUAAAGACAAAGACGAGAGCGCGAGCGCCAAGGUCGUGUCUCCACCUAGUCCUUCUCCAAGGCGUAGUAGUAAAUCAGUUGUAGCUUUUACAGAUGCAAAUGAGGGUAGUAGACCAAGCACAACAUCUGCAGGACCAGGAGGCCCGAAUAAGCCACCUGCCUACGUGGCACCAAAACGGUUUUCUACAAGGCCCAGUUCCAUGUUUGAAGAUGCAGUGUCUACUCCUGAAGACGAAGGAGCUGCACAACGAGGAGAUGGACAAGCAAACAGCAAAGAUGACGAGAAUCUAAUACCAGAGGAUGGAGGAGGGCAGCAGACGUUUCAUUUCAUGGAGUACGAACCUGAGUCCUCUUCGGGUGAAGAAGGUUCAGCGUCGACUUCAUCGUCUUCGGACGAGAAGGGAAAGGAUGGCGCAGCAGCGUCACAACAAACGGGGUCACCACAACGGCCAACUGCAGAAGCUGCAGAACUACAACGCGGGAUGAUACUUGGUCGUGGAAAUUCGCAGAUUUUGCCUCGGCUUCAGUUGCCAAAUAGUCCAAGUCGUGGGCUUGGAGGUAUUUUAGGACAGACAGGCGGAGGCGGCAGAACAAAUAUUGGCGCGCCUCUGACUGCACGCGGCAUUAUGUCUCCAGGAAUUUCAAACAUUCCAUCUCCCGGAAAUAGUUCACCAGCAGCUACCGCAGCAGCAUCGUCAUCUAAAAACCCAAAACGAAGCAGCUCUACCAUCACCUCGCCUAGUGGAAAAACGAGGAAAAUACGACAUCACCAUCACCCGCACCACCAAAAGAAGAUGAUGAAGAAGGCAGAGACCGCAUUCCGCGAAAGUCAUUCCGUAUCCGACAAUAUCAUUAAUCUAGUGGAGUCUGCGCGAAACUCUACUGCGGGAUCCCGAUCAGUAUCUCCUGAUGAAGCCCGGGGUGUUCCUAGAGGAGAUCUUCAGGUUGACGAGGGUGCCAAAAACGAAGACAAAACUCCUGAUGACAAUAUCGAGGAAGAUGAGGAAGACGAAGAUAGCAGAGGUGAGUAUGCGACAAGUUCGAGUGAUACUCCGACGGACGAGAAAACGAAGCGAUUUAGUCGAAGUGCGACCGCUUCUGUGCAGAGUAACGCGAUGAAAAAUCAGAAAAACUACAAGAACAAGUCAGGAACUCUUUAUCCAGGUCGUGACCAUACGGUUGCUAGUAAGAAGAACAGUUUCCCCAUCGUUGGUGUGAAGAGCAUGAUGAUGCGUGCAUCCCAGCAAGGCGUGCGGCCAGAAGACUGUGCGCCGUUAAUCGAACUACCGCAAUGGCAGAUGCUGAAGCUAGCUGAAAAACCGCAAUUGAAGGACGCUCUAGUUGGCCACAGUCUACAUGACACUCUGCGGGAAUUCAGCAAUCGAGGUCGCGCCAGUGUAGCUGGCAUGUCAAAGACGAGCAACGAUGUCAAAGACGAUCUUCAUGGAGAAGACGGAACUACCAGACAAGACGGCGUUGAUCAAGCGACGACGAAAGCAUCAAAGCAAGCUACAGGUUCGAAUACGUCACCAGGCAGUUGUCCAUCCGGUAGCCCAGCAACUCGUAGGUUGAAGUCUUCUGGCAGCACUUUCCUCAGCCCACCGCGUCGAUCUACUGCUUCUAAACUGAAGAUCAAGAGUCCAGACACGAUUUUUUUUCCGGAAAAGUUUUUGCAGAGCAUUGACGUUUUCCUGGAGCAAAAUGCAGUAGCCGACCCGGAAGAAGUGCGGGACGGGCUGUUGUGGGAGCAUUUCAUCGAGUCGAUGGAAGAUGAGCUGAUUCGGACAACAGGGUCGCCCACUCGCAGUCCGCGGAGGUCUGCCGCAGCCGCGAUUGUGCAUCGCAGCAAUCAGGAACACAAAUCAAUCUCCAGAAGUUGGAGUUGGCGUGGCAGCACUAGCACAGGCGACGAACAAACUCCUAGUGCAGCUGCAGGACGUAAAGGCGGUGAAGCGGAUAAUGUCGGUGCGAGAAGUGGAAACAUAAGUGCUACAGCCCACAGAAAUCUUCAGCAGACGCCGGCAUCUUCUACUUCUAACGGCAGGAGCAGUACAAAUACGUCACUGAUGGAGCAGAAGCCACACUUCCAACAUCGCAUGCGCGGUUCAGAGAUGGGGACGACUUACAUCAUUAUCGACGCGAGUGUUAGCUUCGGUCCCAACUCAACGAGUACGUUUUUGAAAACGCCGACAGCGUUCGUCUACCCACGGAAUGGCUCGACUCAAGCCGUGCAACUGGUUCCGAGAACUACUGGUGCUACAACAUGCGGAGUUGGCAGUACCCACUUUUAUCAACACCACUCGACAAGCGGUCAAAAACUUUCUUCUAGCCAAUUGCAAUUGUUUGAGUCAUCGACCUCUCAACUAGGCCUAGGCGGCAGCAGUAAGGGGUCUCUAUCUUCUCAACUCAAUCCUGCGCAGGAUCAUCAACAACUACGGCUUCACAUUGUGCCAGUUCCGAAGGUGUUGAAUUGGUCGUCAGUGCGGUUGUUUGCUGAAAAAUUGUUGAUCGAGAACAUGUUGCGCGAUUGCGAAGAUCGGAAACUGCGGAAAAAAGCCAGAAAGAAAUCCGAAAUGCAAGAACGCAAGAAGAUGCUCAGGGUUACGCCGCAGAGUGCACCUAGCGGUGGUUCGCAAACUAAUGCCUCGACAUCUGGUGCACUAGGAACUACCGCACAGCAUCAUUCAGGUUCCGUCUCACAUCCAGAUGCAGCGCAGAAGCAAUUGCCUGUUUACGUCGCCACAUCUGGAAAUCCGCGUGAUCAUUUGCGUCUGAAUGCGGGCAGAAUGCUACGGGAGAGUUUGCGGAAGGGUGCUGCGGAGCAAGACCUUGCUUUCAGGGCUGGUCUAAAGAUGUUGUCGAAAGAUGGGAAGCCGAUUAAUAGCGUACCUGGAGGUAUAAUAGUAGAAGCUGUUCCUGGUAGAAGCGGUGGCUCGAAAAAGACGACAUCAUCGCCUGGGGCCGAUUCAGCCGCAACUACAGCAGGACUUCUGUAUGAGGCUGAACUGCUGAGUUACGGUCUUGCCGCUAAGAGCAUCGGCUUCGUUCCGAAAGGAUCGGAGUUUGUGUCAAAUCCGCAUCGAGAACAUCUUCUGCCAGAUAGUGAUGACCAUGUUGGGAGCUCGUCCAGCAAUAACCAGUACUGCCGUGCAGAGCCCGCUGCUUGGUCGCCAGGCAGUCCUGGAGGGCGUAGUCGGACUCCGGGCGGAGGACAGAAGGGCGGGAGAUCACUUAGCAUGCCACCGGGUCUGCAUGUAGAUGUGGAGGCACUGCAACAAGUUUCUCUGCCGCAUCGAGGAGUUUUAGUUGGCAAAAAUAGUGCGCAUGCCCUUGUUGGUCGGUUUCCACCUAGCUCGCAAGGCCGUGGUAGACGAGCAGUCUCUUCAGCAUCCGCUGCUGCGGCAAAUAAGCGAGCAGUGAGCGGUGGUAUUUACAGUAGCUCGAGCACGUUGCAUGGACCAGCUGAGAACAGGUUUGACGACACAAACUUGCGAACUCCACAUGGUUUGGCUUUGCAGUUGCCACAGACGGCUCCACUGAUGACGUUGCAUAGUACGAUGAUUCGAGCACACCUGAGCAGGUCACCGCCGAAGACGAUGAACCAAUUUUAUGCUUGCUGCUUCUUCAUAUGUGAAAAGUUCUUACAUACUCUUUCUUACAGUUUAAAUAAUGCAACCAGUUCCAAUUGUUCCAAUUUUUCAAGACGGAAUCUCCACAACUGCAUCUUUCUUUUCUUAGCCGGAAAUGACUGUACAUAGUCAUAGCAAUUUUUCGAUUCUAAGAAACAGCUACAAUUCCCGGAGUAGGUGAUUUAGGACGCAAGUCGAGAUCCCAGAGUAAGCCUGGAAGCCCACACGAGUACUCUACUGCAGCCGCAGCGAAUAGUACAACUUCUACUGGUCCAUCAGGCGGACUUCCGAGCGGAGGAUUGAUAUCAGCACCUCCUACUGCUCCUGGCGGUUUCUUGCGUCCGCCUUCUGCUUUUACAGGGCUGGGCGAUCAUGGGACGAAGGGAGGACCUUUGUAUGCUGGCGGAGCGUUGUCUUCAUCAUCUAGUCAUCCCCGGGGUGCUGCCUCGGUUUUGCCGCAUCACAUCAAGCAAUUGACGAAUCUGCGAUCGCCGCGAAUGCUUGGUGAAGUGUCUUUGGCGCCGUCACUUUCAGUUGGACAGCUUGCUACGGUGGCAUCUUCUGCAGCACCUGCACCUUCUUCAGGAGUUCCUGAAGUACAGGUAGGACCACUAGGAGUAGCUCCAGGAGGAACUGCCACAGAAACAUCGGGGAUUGGGUAUCCGCUACCCCCGCGUGGCCCGAACAGCCCACAUGGUGCAGCCGGAUCUUCGCGAGUUUCCUCGAAGAACAGUGGAGGACAAACACAAGUUCAACUGCCUCCACAGUUGCCAGCUUCUACACCUAGUAAAGUAGCGACGGAUAAGCAUCAUCAGCAUUUUGCGGACCAAUUCGACUGGAUUUUUGAGAAGCAAAAGCAAGCAGGUCUGGAUGUCUCGCGUCGUCUGCGGGAGCACGACGGUUUCGUGCGCCAACAAGCAGCUGAGCUCUUGCAUGAGCAGGCCCUGAGCAGUAGAGAGGCGAAGUUGGUGGCGGAACAGCAGGCGAAAGCCUUAGCGCAGAAACAGCGGAAGCGGGAAGCGGAACAACAGCAAGCCGCAAAACUUCAAGAAGCAAGACAGGCAGUAAUGGAAGUCGGGAACUGCGUUAAUCAAGAAGUCGAAUCAGCACCACUAACAAUAACAUCGAAUAGCCGGGCCGGAGUAGAUCAUGGAGGUGAAGAUAGGAGACCAUUAAUAUCAAAUGGCCGGGCCGCUGGAGAUGGAGGUGAAGAUAGGAGACCAUUAAGUAGAUCAAUUGGGGUCGAAGGCAAUUCCGGCUCGUCCACUAGUGCUGCAUAUACCCCUCCGAAAUUCGUAGCUCAAUCGAAUGCAGAAAAGCAGAGGUAUGGAUUUAUCCAAUUCACAAAUCGACGCACUAAGCAAAUCCUUUUUGACCCUGCGGAAGGUGGAGUCAUGGCUUCACUGGCCGCUUCAGCACCUAUUCCAGCGCCACCGACCUCUCAUCACGCAUACAUCACAACUGCAUCCAAAGAGUCCUUGUCGACAGGCCAAGUGGCAAGGAAGGCAAACAAGAACCCGUUAGUUGCAAAAGCCAGUGAUUUGCGCGCAUUCUUGAGUACUCCACCGCCUGCUUUGCCGAGUACGGGCCCAGGCACUGAGCCCAGUGUGAUUCACGAUAGUGCGAAUAAGAUCAACAAGAUACUGUCGGGAGAACAAGUUCCGAGUGGUCUCACGGCAGAGAAGGUCGGGAAGUUUCACAUGCCUGGAUUGGUGGAUGUGAAGAAGACGAUCGAAAAAGUUCAACAAGACCGAAGCAACGAAAAACAAGAUGUUCGUACGAGAGCGCGACGGCGAUCGAGCAUAGAAAGGCACGAAGCUGCGGCUGUCGCUGCGACGGAGCGGAUCCGGGCAUCGAGGAGAGAGUCAAAAAUCAAGCUAGAAGAUGAAGCAGCAGCAGAGGAAAAAGGAGGUGCGCCAUUUAGUUCGUAUUCUUAUGGUGCAGGUGGCACGUCGACGUCAGGUGGAAAUAGAGCAUCGAGCAGAACACCACGACCGCGCAAUGUGGAACUCGAGCGCGAUCCUGUGCAGCAACAACGCGGAUUGAUAAGUCCAGCUCGUCCUUCCAAGGGUCCCAGGCCUGGCGACUGGCGUAAAAAGCCAGAAAUAAAGGUUGCAUCAGCAUCCUCUCCACCGAAGACUCUUCUUGGAGUGGACACACCAAGGUUGAAGUUAGUCCCACAGUUGGGACAGAUAGCUGGUAGUCCGGGUCUAGUAAGCGAUGGUGGAGGUACUUCAGUUGAUGGAGCCGGCACAUCGUUUCUGUUUGCACCAGAGAGUCGUGGAACAUCGAAGCCGGCACCUUUGCGGUACUUCUCCGUGAUGGACACGAAGAAGAGCUACGAAGCAGGCGGAGGAUGUAAUUCACCGACCAGAUCGAGAAGUGCGUCACCUAAAAUUAAGGAUCAUCAUUGGUAGAGUGUUGGUUUUCAUUAUGCAGAGCGAAGUGGUGUCGUCCCACGUUUCCGCACUUGACAAAGUCAGCAUAAUGAAAAACUACAACCUACUUUCGCUAAGAAGAACAGAAAUUACCUGACGCUGCUGAGUCGGACACCUCUCGAUUCUCAUUCCGGAGCAGGGAAUGAUAGUGUAUUAGGUUCUUCGCCUAGAAGCACAGCAUCGACCUUUAUUCGUCCUCUAGGAAAGAAGAAAAGUGGUCGUCCCGAGUGGGUAAAUCCGAUGUCGACACGAAAGUCGGUUUCAUCUUGGGCGCAGAUUCCGGUCAACGUCCUCGAUUCUCCAGAUGGCUUGGCCGAUGCGAAUUUGCGAUUGCCCAUUCCAGGACCCUCAACAUCUCGAGGCUCCUCUCCCACGAGGAGUUCCAGAAUGCCAAAUAGAAGUAGUCCUGGUGCCAGAAGCUGCUCUUCUCGAAGAGGAGGUGGGUCUACGACACCGAGAAGUGCACGUUCACGAAGCCAGCAUAAUCUUCAUCAACCUUGCGGUCAAGACGAUGCUGUAGAGCAACAUGAUGGCCAGUGUACUUUCGGCGCCUCCUCCCCUUCGCGUAGUUCCUCUUCUCAGCAGAAAGCGAGACCAAAAGCCAAGCCUUUUCACUACGACUCGAGCAGCGGAGCUUACACAGCAGAGUACUACGAUGCGACGCAUCAGCAGCACGUUCUAGAACGGUGCUAUCCGAAUGGUAUCCCCGAAGAGCAGAGACGACUGGAGGCAGAGCUCUCCACCGUAGAAGCAGACAUGGCCAAUCUGCGGAAGAAGCUGGUGCGCCGUGAGCAAGAAACCCUGAAAAGGCUGGAGGAGAUCAAUAGGGUGGGGCCUUCACCUGCAGAGAAAAGAAAAGCCAAGUUUUACGCGCGAAUGGCAUCGCCAAAGAAACGGGGGGUUCCUGUGGGUAUGGUGGCGAAAACUGCACUAAAAUCGAAGGACAACAACACGUGGAAGCUUGUCGGGCCUACAUCCGGCGGGUUUUCGUUUUAUUCAUCUGAAUCCUUGACGACAGCUCCAGAGGACAGUGCACGUCUUGGAUUUGGUACUAGCAGUCUCCAGUCCUCUCCUGUCAUCUCAUCGAAGAGAACGAUGCGAAAUGGAGAUUGUAGUAGUGCCAAAAAGCCGAAGAAGAGUCCGAAGAAAGACAGGGUAGAAGAUAACCCAACGAGUAGCACUAGGGAUUUUAGUAGGUGCACCACAUCAGAAGAACUAGAACACACAGGUCGAGAUCAGGAGCUCAAUUUAGGCGACGCUCGGGCAGAAGAUGAAGAUAGAGAUACUAACCUCUAUGAAGACGUCGUGGAGCGAACCUCUAGUGCUGAACAGCACGAAGUGCAAGAGAGCGACCAAGGUAGCGAUUCCGCCUUUUUGAGUGCGUCUUCAUCGUCUAGCGCGUUUUCGUUCUCGCCGGGAAAAAUCGGGAAUACUUCGCAACGAGUUUUAGCAUCGCGAGUAGCAGCGAAGAGGAGCUCAACAGGUAAUAUCUUGCGCAUGAACGUCGUUCUUCCCGGACACCAGCAACAGGCUCUACUUCUAGGUGGACUAAAAAACACCUCCAAAACUUCUAGUACACGACGUGCUCGGUCCGUCUCGCAGGGUGCUCCGUUGUCACCAGUGUGGGAAGAGGGACGGAGCAAUAGUUUGGACAACAACAAGAGGGCAAGUCCGAAAAAGCGGCUGUCGGGUAAAGCAGCUACAAUGAUGUUCUAUCCGGAACAUCAGAUGAUGCUGGGAAGUAGUACGCUCAGCUCAUCUGCAGGAGUAGUUCUUGAAGGGGCGGCUGGUGUGGGAGGUGGUACAACUAGUAUCUCUUCGUGUAGUGCGGCUGGUGUGGGAGGUGGUACAACUAGUAUCUCUUCGUGUAGUGCUGGAGAUAGUAAGACAGUAGAAGUACGAGAAAAUGAUGAUGUGCAGCACAGGAGUACAUCUCAAAUCAACAGGCACCUGAUCUUCGAGCCACUCGGUACUUGUGAAGACGUGAUAGUAAUCAAGGAAGAGGAAGUAGAGCUGGAAGAUGCUGACGGAGAAGAAGUGGCGCCACAAUUAAGAAGUGUGGCAGAUCAUGCUGGUCCAGUUCCGCUUCCUCCUCAACAGGAUCAAGUCGGCACUUUAUCUUCAUCUUCCUCAGCUUCAACUCCAACAGCAAGUCAGAACAGUUCUAGUGACAGAACUAGGGCCAGAACAGCGGCUCCGGCAAAGGUGUUUUCGGAACAGCGUUUGGUGUCUUCGGAUAGCGCAAACAUGAUAAACAUGACUGGUCAACGUCAAGUUCGACCGGCCUCUGCGACAAGAUCGACUUCGUCAAAGGUGUCGACUGAAGUUUUGCCAUGUUCCGCAACGCAGGUGAAGAUUGUGAGGCAACCAACUACAAGUACAAGUGCAACGUCUUUGACAAAAGAACCAAAUAGAAGUGCUCUACAGGAGCUUGUGCAGCCUCGUGGACCAUCGAGUAGAAUUGUAACCGCGCAACAGCAACCACAGCAGAACCGAGGUCGACGAUUGAACAAACCGCCUGCGCAGCCUCAGUCACAGCAAAGUGUGCGUCUUCAUAAUCCACCAACCACAACUACAACUACAGCAAAUCGUGGGAUGUUGCAUCAAAUUUUCGCGUCACGUCGGCAGCGGAAAACUGACGUUGCGCCGACAAUAGCAGUCAGGACGACGCGGGGAUCUAGCUUGCGAAGAGAUAUCGGGCAGGAACGUCGCCUGUCAGCGAGCGUGGAUGGAGGUGCGUUUUGUUUUCCACAAUUUCGAUCACAGGUUUGUAGGAUUCAGCACGGGUGGAGAAGACCUGUUUUAGUUCUGUUUAGUUUUUUCAUGCAAAAUCUGCACGUUUCUUGAUGAAAAACAACAUCACAACGAAAACCAAAUUUGAGUCUUCAACACCCUUUCUCAGAUCUACUUCUCCGCUCGCAACCGAGUACCGGGCAGAGUUGAGAACGAGGACGGUCCGGGGGAGAAAGGGUGCCAUUCUGUAGUUUUGAUGCGUAGUUUAGAUAAAUUUCACAUAUCUACAAGAACUCAUUACGACUUACAGAGAUUUUAUCAAGAUAGCUACAAGUACAAGUACAACCACACGUGAUUACAGAUUUUGGUUCGCACUAUAAAUAGAAUUAGUAACUGGAUGAAUACAGGUAUUUUUUGGUCUCCACUAGAUCAACAAAAAUUCAGUAUUGAUUGAUCAUACCACAAGCACGACAUAACAUUAACAAAGAUAAUCGUACUCCGUGCACUACACAAACAGAAAGUCCUCAUGUCAAGCUAGUAUCGGAAUCGGCAUGAUAAUGUACCAAGUAGAUUUUGAUGAUGAAUGGAGUUAGCGCUAGUUCAUGUUUUUAAGCAUAGCAUUGAAAAUGUAUCAACAAGUACAGAAAACCAAGAGAACCUAGUUCGUGAAAGACAUUGCGCAUACACAACUUAAGUUAUUGCUCUGAAUUCUGCGAGGGGGGUCCGUUCUCAUUUACGUUAUCUAUCAAUCACAUAGCAAUAACAUUCAGUAAACCUCUGAUGUCAGGGGACGAAGCACAGCGAUUCACAUGGUGGUUUUGCCAAGUUCAAGUAGGAGAUAUUCCUUUUGCAUUAAGUAUUCUCCGUCUAAUGCAUGAACAAGUAAUUCAAAUUCUUAACUUUCUUAACGCUUCUGAUAGCAGCUUCGUAUUCUCAAAGUGAAGGACUAACAUAAUCAUUUAAAAAACAUUAUCUAAACAGUACUUGGUGUUGUAUCAAUCUGUAUCGAUUCUCAUUUCCUGUCCCUUAUUGUGCGUAGUUCCAAGAACAAGAACAAGAAUGAUCCUUAAUGUUUGUAGUAAGUUGUGCAAACUUUGAAAAAUGUAACUGUGUUUUAGAAAUUAUCAGCUUGCUACCGUGUUUGGACCAACAUCCCCGAAGUAAAACGACCUGCAUGAUGGAUCGAUCCUCAUUGAUAAAAAGCCCUCUUGGAAGAUUUCAUACUUAUGAACUCUACUUAUUCGCGGUC